CGCUCGCGCGAUAACCUUCAUAUCGCGCUACUGUACAUAUAAAGAUCUUCGUAUACGAUGAAUCACGGGACACUAACAACCAAGAUGUCCCGCGCUCGGUCCCCGGAACGCCAGCUUCCGUAUUUCAAGAAGGAAUUCUUCUUCGAGGUCCUGGCCGAACUCGUACCGCUGGUGCCCUUAGUGAAUCGCGAGCGCAAACACUUGCAGCAAAGGAAUAUUUCUUUCCGGUUGGAGCCGCAGCACGUGGAUGCUAUUCGCUCGUCGUCGACGGAUAACGCGGGAUCGAUCCGAGAGUUCAAUAUGCGAGUGCACCUUCGCUUCUGUUUGCUCGACAGGAACAGCGAACAGGACGACAAGUACCCUCAUAUCCUGACCGUUAAGGUCAACGGUGAAUCCUUGGCGCUGCCAGCGUCGAUUCCUCGCAAGGUCCCCGGCGGGGCGACCGAAUGGGUGGACCUGCCCAUUAACAUCGUCGCCUUCUGUUCUCUGGACCCUUACGCGCUAAACAAGGUGUGCGUAACCUGGUGGCCCGUAAGAGGCCUCAACUACGUAGUCGGUCUGUUCUUGGUCAAGAAGCUCUCGGCAGUGACCAUUCUGAGCGGGCUGCGAAAGUUGAGAGCGGCUGUGACGAGAGCCACGAUCAAGAAGAAAGCGAAGCGCCGUGCAACCAUAAGCGACGACGUGGCGAUAACCAGGUUCCGCGUUUCGCUCACGUGCCCCCUAAGCCGGACACGGAUGAAGGUGCCGUAUCGCGCGCAGUCUUGCAAUCACCUCGACUGCUUCGACGGGUCCAACUAUCUGCAGGUCAACGAGCGGAGGCCCACGUGGACGUGUCCCGUGUGUGGCAUGCAGGCCCCCUUGUCGUCCUUGGUCGUUGACCAGCUGUUCGCGGACAUCUUGGCGAACGUGCCCGGCGACUGCGUCGGCGUCGUACUCCACGAGGACGGCUCCUGGGCUCCGUCGUCGGCGUCGCAGAGGGACGACGCCGCCACGACUGCCGCGACGCCGUCAUCGUCUACCGCUCGCAGUUCGACGCCAACUUUGAAAUCUUCGUCCGGCGAGCAGGUCGGGCGGUCCUGCAAGCAGCCCAGAUUAGAAGUUAUUGACUUGACCAAUUCCAGCAGUGGUGACUAAGAUGACUCUGGUGCGCGGUGCUGACGUUUAUCGCCGUCAGGUGUAACGGUCCUCAACGCUCUCGCGGAGGACUCG